AGAAAAAUCAGUUGAUCAGUUUAGAAAAUUGUGUCGUUGUAAAUGUGUUAUUAUCUCAAAAACAAAACAAUUCAAACAUAAUUUCAUUUUCUUUUUUAAACUGACACAAUAAAAAAAAAAAUUACGACCGAUUUUCUUUUCGAAAAUUCAAAAUCUUAUUCAAUAUUUUAAAUUCAAUUUCUCGCAAAUAAAAUUUUUUUGCAAAGAAAUAACGAAUUGUACACAGAAAAUCGGAAACGAACCUCUUUGUUUUAUUUUUUUUUCUAAAUUGAAAAUUUCUCGAGGAUGGCGUGUUGUGAUCCACUUCGAGAUGAACCAAUUCUCUCCGUUGAAUUUGAAGUAUUCGGAAAGGUGCAGGGUUGUUACUUUCCAAAAUACGUCAGAGAUUUAUGUCAACAACUUGGAAUUUGUGGCUGGGUGAAAAAUACAAAACGAGGAACAAUUACUGGAAAAAUGCAGGGUUCCGAAUCACUUGUUGAACAAAUGACGCAGUGGUUGUCGACUGAGGGAAGUCCAGGAAGUCAAAUUCAUCAUUGCGAAUUUACAAAUAUCGAGCAUGUGACAAGGGUGGGCUAUCCAAAUUUUGCUAUUCGUUUCUAAAUCUCCAAGAAAAAUUCCUCGUC